GUAAUUUCCAGUGGAGAGGGCAGUUUUAUAUCUAGAAUAUGGGAUUGUUUAUAUGUUGAAAUCAACUUUGCAUCCUAUGUUACUUCACCGGCUAUGUAAAGUUGAGGUUUUCUUUUCAUGUUGAUCUGUGAAAAGAGCAACUUGUGGUAAUCAGUGUCCAUUUGCAACAAAUUUUUAAGUCUUCAGUGUUCAGUCUUGAGCAAUGAGCAUUCAAGCCUUAUAUAUACAUGGUCAGCAGAUAUUUGAUGUACUACUACUUGAUACUUUAAUAAACUAGUUUACUAGGAGAGAGACUCAAUAGCUGAAUUCUUUUGGUCUGUACAUCUUCGUACUGGAUUUGGUAGCCGUGGCCUGGAGAGAGACAGCUCAAAAAUAGCAGCUGGACCGAAGAUCAUAAUGGAAUUUUGGUGGUUUAUAUUUUGGCAGUAUUUGAAUGGGCUGCAUAUAAAGCAGGACUGGUGCAAGGGUCCGUUUUUGGCAGCAAUUAUCUGGAACCAUUCCUGCUGUACAAACUGCUGAAGGUUAUUCACUGGCAAAAUGGUGAUGUAGCAAAAUUGGAGGAAUCAGACAAUUUGAAUCUCUUUCUGGUCUAUGGCAAAGAAACCAGCCGACCUCCCCCUUUAACCAGAAUAUAUGUGAAGGUUAGAUGUAAUUAUUCAAACAUAAUUUCAUCAGUCGAGUUAAAUUUAUUCCUUCAGUAUGGCCUGGGGUAUGCGUAAGUUGGUCAUUGGUCAUCAUCAUGAAGAAUACGCGAUUAUAUGCUGAAACGAAGUUCUCAUCCUAUUUGGGGUCUCCCACAAUCUAUACGAAAACUUUGGGUUUGCUUUCUUGUUGAUUUGUGAAGAGAGCAAACCAUGGCUGCAUGAGGGUACCUGCAUGCCAAGGAUCUGGGCAUAGACGUGGAGUACCUCACCUAUGUCUGGCUCCUAUUGUAUACUACAUGGGGAUGGAGACUUUGGCAGACAAACUGCAGAGGGCGUAUCAUCAUCAUUGCAACGGAGGAGACCACGGUGAUGAUCCUUCAAGUUCUCAUGCCAGCAGGGUCGCCAUGCCCAGGAACAAGCUGCUGGUCCAUCAAGUUCAAGUGGAGGUGCUGCUGAAGAAGAACAUGCCAAAGGUGGUUCGUGGACCAGCCAGUGGCAUAAUUAGUUAGUGCCUGUGUGUGACAGAGGAGAGAUCAAGGGAGAACUGAUGGAUGCCACAGGCGCUGUGGAGUGGUGGGAGGAGUGGCAGCUGCGCAUCCUCGUCCUUGGUAGCCUGGUGAUUCAGUACUUCCUCCUUGUCUCUUCUGUCGCACGUAAAUUCCCCAUAAGAUCCUGGUGUAGACCUGUCAUCUGGCUAGCGUACAUGGCCAGCGAUGCCAUUGCAAUUUAUGCACUCGCCACCCUCUUCAACCGCCAAAGGAAGUCACAUGAAGAGGAUGGAGACGAUGUCAGCAGCAUCCUGGAGGUGUUGUGGGCGCCUAUCCUCCUGAUACACCUAGGUGGACAGGACGGCAUAACCGCCUACAACGUCGAGGACAACGAGCUGUGGACGCGGCACAUCCUCACCUCAGUGUCUCAGGUCACCGUGGCUGUCUAUGUCUUCUGCAAAUCAUGGUCAGGCAACGACAAGAGGCUGCUAUGGGCGGCAAUAUUGCUCUUCAUCUUUGGUACCCUCAAAUGCAUCGAGAAGCCCUGGGCUCUCAACAGGGCCAGCAUUAACAGCUUGGUAAGCUCCGGCGAGCCGAUACAGAGGUCAAUAAACACUCAGAAGCUCAAAAUUGAUCCACUUGAAGAUUUUAUUGACAAAGCAACCUGUCCUCCUGAGGAUAAUAGUUAUCUUUUAACACCAGCCACGCCGGUGGACUUCACUCCCCAUAAGUUAUUUGUGGACCAUGCAUCUCCUUCUGCUGAUGAUCGGAUCAGGCUACUACUGUCCUUCUCAGCACUUGAUGACAUCGAUGCCUACUGUAAGAUGCAGCAGUGGCUCUCUCAGACGUUCCAACUCCUCUACACCAAAGAAAAGAUGUGCAACAUUGCCCAGUAUGCGGUCUACAUCAAAGAAAUGAAAUCUUCAACCGGUGUCACACCUUCUGACCAAGGAGUUCCACUAAGUUUUGGUUACGUAUGCCGUGCUAUGCUGUACCGCUGCAUUGGAGUUUUUCGCCCUUUUGCUAAGGGACAUUACAAGGGUCAGGAGAAGCCCGAAGCCACCAGCAGCCAGGCCUGAAAAUGGUGACAUGGUUUCCCAGUACAACCCUGUAGAUCAUCAAGUCCAGAUGGAGCAUUACAAUAUGAUAAGGUUAAAACUUCUAUUUGAUGA